AACACACCAGCGACAGUUAUAGAUCAUGGGAUCAUACUCAUGCAGCCUACAGUGGAAGUGCACUACAAUUGGUGAUAAAGACCUCGCUCUGUCACGGACCCAGCAUGACGUGUGGUGUGUCACCACUCUGACAAGAUACUGCCAGCAGGAGUUUGUGUAGACAGAUAACAUAUCAUUGAACACAACAUACCAUUGUCUACAUGUUAUAAUCACAAGCAGGAAUUCAUAUCACGCAAAUUCCUCGUUAGCUUGACUGGAACUGUCUCUACAGGAUGAAGACCAUUACAGCCCUGGUUGUUACCAUGGUGAUGAUAUUGUCAUCAGCUACGAGUGUUACAGGAGGUUUCUUCACAGUGGACUGUGUGAGCAAGGACCUGGCCUUCUUGUGUACAGACACCGCUCAGUAUGACGUCAUAUUUCCCCGGGGAUGCGGAAGGGCAGGGGGAAAAGGUAACUUCACCCUCACAACACCCUGCUUAAACGACACGCAAGUGUUCGUGGUCUCCCGUAAAGUGAACGAUACCUACCGCCUGACCGGGGGCAGAGGCACCAGGGUGUUCACUGUUACCUGUGAGGAGGUCCUCACGCAGGACGGGGCACCUGCAACUGUAACCACAGUCGUCAACGUGCACGCAGAUGCUUCCCACGACCAUCUGCAUGUACACGUGCCGGUGACUGUGCUGACGAUGCUGGUUACGACAAAAAAUCCGGCGGAGUCGUCAGCAGACCUACACCGGGUGACAGAAGAAGUGAACCUGGGACAGGCGUUGUUCCUUGUCAUCAGGUCAAAAAAAUUACAAAGUCAUGGGCAGUUCUUCCUUCCUCGUCAGUGUACGGCAAAGUCAGGCCCUCCCCUCAACCUAACACUCACUUUGUGGAGCAAUACUUCAACACACAGCCGCUGCAUCGACCAACCUAGCCUUGUGGACCAGUUCACCGUGUACAGACACGGCCGACUCGGCUACAACUUGGCGUAUGUUCCCGUCUACGCCUUCUACUUCCAGCAGAUGUUUGUCCACGGCAACGAGGUCACCUACAGUUGCUCAGUUACUGUGUGUCCAGAAUCGGCAGUAGCGGGAUACUGCAGCCAGGAAUUACAGCGGCUGUCGUCCAACAAUACACAGUGCAUCAAGCAGAUACCAGGGACGGCACGGAAACGUCGUGAUGUUGGGCAGGCGUCAACAUCGCACACGACGACCCUGACAGUUACAAUCAGAAUACGGAACUUCAACCUUGGCCAGGCGAAGGAAGGGUCGUCGUCGUCAGGUGUUGUCAUCAUCGCAGCAACAGGCGGUGUUGUAGUAUCUGUCACCAUAGUCGUCGUGGUCUGUGCAGUGAUGUUGAUUGUGGUAACAAGACGUCGAAACAAGGACAAAGGACGUUUAAAACGAUCUAAAGAUGGAAUGGAACUGAGAAAGUUCUGAAGAUCCGAGGUCACUGUCUUUAUGUACGUUAUUUCUGAGGAAGAAGGCUUAAGAGCCUGCGUUGUAUUUGAUUCGGAGGAAAAAUACAGGGAAUGAAACAUGAACUCCAUUGGUGUUGCCUAGAAAAAUACAUUUGAAGAACUGGCAUUAAAACUGUUUUAUACGUCUUC